AUGUACCGACGCGGUUGGUCGUUUGUUUCGUCAAACCACAACACCACUCACCUCACUGCAAUCAAGUUACUCAACAUGACCCGCACCCACAAAGCCACCGACCGCGACCACGUCGGCCUCGCCAACGGCACCGCCGCCGCCACCGAGCACCUCCCCCGCUACUUCGGAAAAUCCGGCUACGUCGACAACGCUCCCACCAGCACCAAGAAGCAGGGCGGUGGAAAAGCCAACUGGGGCCAACCCAUCAUCUCCGACCUCGCAGACCUCCCCAUCAACACCUUCCACCCGAAACGCCGCACCAACUCCAACAACUUCCCCACCCUCCCUCAAUCCACCCGUCGUCGUUCCUCCGUCAGCAUCACCGCCGCCCUGGCGGGUACCUCUUCCUCUUCCUCUUCCUCCGCUCCUCACUCCGCCCUCAAGACCAAGUUCGAAGACGUCGAUCCCGAAGCUAUCGAGUACGACGAGUACUUGCAUGGUCCACCGGCCACCACGACUGAGGAGGAGGAGGAGGAAUUGGGGUUGGAGAAGAUGAGUACUGCUUCUUCGGCCGGUACGGUGGAGGAGGAGGAUGGGGUUGCUGGUGGGGUGGAGAAGAAGUGA